CGCUAGUGGCGCUUCAGCUAGCCAGUCACAUGGAGUCGUAACCGAACAUAAACCAGUUUUAUUAUGAACGGAAUUAUACGAAAUCGUGAAUUAUAAGAUUAUGGACAAAAUAUACGUUUUUAUAUUAACUGUAUGUUUUAUCGUCACGUCCCAAUCACUCCCGUUUAAGUUAAAUACAUCGGAAUCGAAAAAUGCCAGUCUGCGAGACAUCAAAAUAUCUGAUCUUCAUCCUCCCGAUCAUCUGGAAGCUUUAAAAAUGGAGAGAGACGGUCAUAUAAACAAGAAUUAUAGAAAGGAAAUACUUCUAGGUAGAGAUGUGGAAGAAGAGGAACAAGACGAAGCCAUUUUAAGACGAGUUUUCAGAAAUGCCGAUAUAAAUAAUAACGAUCUUCUAAGUCAAAAUGAACUAGAAAAGUGGAUUGCAGCUAAAAUAAAAGAGCAUUUUCUGAAAGCAGUAAAAGAUAAUUUUUGGAUAUUUUCAACUCUUGAUAAAGAUAGAAAUGGAAGAGUUAGUUGGGAUGAAUAUCAUGUGAAUUUUAUGAUGGAGCAAGGUUUUGAUGAAAAAUUUGCAAAAAAUCAUCCUAAAGAUCAUAAAAAAUUAAAUAGAAAAGUUUUAGAAAAAAUAUUAUUGGACAAAGCUGCUUGGUCCGAAGCGGCAAACUCCGAUCCAGAUGCAUUAAAUAUAGAUGAAUUUUUAACAUUCCGCCAUCCUGAACAUAGCCACGUUUCUCUGUUGAACAUGGUGAACGAUAUCAUUAACAACCUUGAUUCUGACGGAGAUGAAUUGCUGACUGAAGAAGAGUUUAUGUCAAUGCCAAUGGAAGAAACGAGUAAAAUGUCAGAGAAAGAAUGGAAAAGACAGAGACUUAAAGAAUUUCGAGAAGUUAUUGAUAUUAACCAUGAUGGCAAAGUCAAUAGACAGGAAUUAUUGAUGUACAACGAUCCUGAAAAUCCUGUUCUUGCAAAAAGAGAAGCUCGGGAAUUAAUAGCUUUAGCCGAUCUGGAUAAGGAUGGAAAGUUAUCUAUCGAGGAAAUACUAUCAAAGAAAGAUGUGUUUAUGGGAAGCAAAAUGAUUGAUACAGCAAAAAGUUUUCACGAUGAAUUCUAAAUUUAACUGUGAUAGCUUACUGGUGCUUUUAGAAAUUACUUUUCUUUAACAUUCCCAAAACAAACUCAUGUUAAAAAUAUUUUUCAAAUUUUUAUUGAUAUUUUAAAAAAUUAUGAUGCUCAAGAAAUAGGAAUAAAAUA